UCCACAAUAAUGACCCAGUAGUCGAGCUGGUUGGAUGUCCAAGGAGAGGAGCACUCCUGAAGGUAUCAACAUGAAGGAACAUGGUUGGAGGUUUCGGUUCCCUUUCCCUGAACUCCCGAAGUCGACUUACCAUGGUGACCUGAAUUCCCUUGGAAGGCCAGUUGUAAUGAAACAAAGGAAACCUCUGGAGGUGAGGAAUGCUCGCCGUGAAAGAAGAGUCGCGGCAAAACAAAAGGCUGCACGCUACCACGCGGAGGUGGCCCUGCGUAAAUACAAUAGAGCAAACAACACCAAGUUUGAACUGGUGGAGGUAAAAGUGAUAUCUAUAUUUUCCGAGUUUGGAGGAGCCGGGGCCCAUUAUAACUUCACAGCUAAGCAGCCUGAGGACCAGCAUUCUGCUGAUGCCGACAAUACCUUGCUAUUCUUCUCUGAAGUUAACCUCGACUUUCGGAGUGAGAAUGAUGUGAUCAUGUGCUGUAUAGUUGGGGAAAAUGACGCAGGUACGUUUCUUGGCAGUUGUUCCUAUUGCUUCUUUCCUGAUUAUUAUUCCCAUGUUUUCUUAUUGUUGAUGAGGUUUGCAUCAGCUGCAAUUGUUCACAAAUAUGUUUUAAGUGCAAUCUUACAUUGUUUCCUCGUAUUGAUAUUUGUUUAACUCUUUAUUUCUUGU